AUGGCGCCUAUACAUCGAAUAUUCUCAUCGGCUAAUAACAACCUAUCGAAGAAGAAAACCCCCCGCGACAUUCAAAAACAGGUCUACUGCUCGGCGCUGGUCUGUCACGUUGCUCACUGCUCUUCUCAAUGCUACUUUGCAUCGAGCUCACUGGAUCCGUCUAUCUCAGAACUCAUCCGGGUAAGCCAUCACCCUGUUUCUACAUUUCCUACCGUUUGGCCCACCGAGACCUUUGCCCCUCCGUGGGAUGCCGACAACGGCGCUUUCCGCACUGGUCCCCUCAAUCCUUCUUUAUGGGUAUUCGGCGCAUGGGUCCUGUCAUUGGGGUUCCUCGAGCUAAAGAAGGACUGGCGUUGGAGUUUCUAUGUCCUUCUCUGGCUUGGUGACUAUUUCUCUAAGAAGGCUCGAAGAAUAAGAAAGGCAAAGAUUCCUCGUUAUUAUCGUCAAACUGUCCUGUCUCUGCAUCGUGGUACCCUUGACCAUAGCCGUUUUCUCCUGAUCCUUUCAGAUGUUAUCUAUAGUGAAAAUGUUGCUCUACGGCACUCUCUGAGCAAGAUCUCAUAUUCAGGCAAGAAUACAAGAUUGGUCAGGCAUCAUCCAAGUGGGUUUCAGCAGCGUCGUGGCUGGAACUCCGGUGUUGGAGAGCUGCCCUUGAUUGGAACUGUUAUUGGUGCAUUCAUCGGUGGUGGAAUAGUUUUGAUCGAUACUCGAAUUCGAAAGAAAAAGAUUGAGAAUGGGGACAAACAAAUGGAGCCCGAAGAUAGAUUGCCAUUGGCAAUGAUUGGAGGUGUUGGAUUUGCCGUGACCAUGUUCUGGUUUGCAUGGACGGCUGAGUAUAACUCUAUCCAUUGGAUCGUACCGACGCUGGCGGGAACUUUCCUAGCUACAUCUUUAAUGUUGAUCUUCGUGGCUUUCUUGACGUAUCUCGUCGAUGUUUAUCUUAUGUACGCGGCAUCUGCUAUUGCAGCCAAUACCAUUGCUCGAUCAGCAUGCGGAGCUGCUGCUCCCUUAUUCACAACACAAAUGUUCGAUACACUGGGAGUUGGUGGCGGCGGAAGUCUAAUCGGAGGGGUCGCUACAGUUCUAGCCAUUAUCCCGUUUCUGUUCUACAGAUACGGUAAGCAGAUUCGAAUCAGAAGCAAAUUUGCGCCGACAGAAGAGAAGAGCGAAGCUAGAGAGAAAGAUGAGGAACUGGCUGACAACAAUGCCAUUGCUCGGAGGAAUAGUGUUUUAUCUCAUUCAGAUAGCCAGAGUAGCUCGGAUACCACAGUGGCCGCCGCAUGAUACUAGAGGUCAGUUUAGCACAAUACUCGAUACACUUUGGAACUGUCAGCUUAGACGUGCCGUCAGUCACCGAAAAU